CCUUCUUUGGCAAAGCCGACGACCCGCCUCCUUGCGCCCGAUCUCCAUCGCGGUCUUCUCAUGGCCAUCAUGGCCAUGGACCACCUCGCCCUUGGUAUAAACACUUGGCAGCAUGGCACCAACAUCGAUGGCGAGACAGAUGGAAUAAUUGUUCGCCGAUGGAACUUCACCACUGCUUACAUCAUCCGCACCUUCACCCAUUUUUGCGCCCCUGGAUUCAUGUUUCUUCUCGGCAUGGGCGUCGUAUUUCUUUCCAAGUCACGAACGCGCCUUGGCUGGUCGGCAAGCCGGAUGCUGCAGUAUUAUGCUAUGAGAGGAUUUGUACUUACGGCAGUGACGGUAUUGUGGGGAGUUUUAUGGUCAGGGGGCCAACUGUGGUUUAUGAACAUGGUCUUAUUUGCAUUGGGAUUGAACUACUUCCUGGCCGGUAUAUUGUGGCUUUCCAUGAAUCAGACGGAAAAUCGACUUGCGGAUCGCACAGGGGCGGCAUAUGGCAGAUUGAACGAUGAUGGUGAUGACGAACAGGGAGGAGUUAACCAACCACUUUUACAAGGACGGGGACCAGCCAGAGAAAGCGAAAGAGCAGCAACAGCUUCAUCUUUGUCCUGGCAUAUCCACAACACUAUUCUAGCGAUCCUCAGCGUCAUUACCAUAUGGUGGAAUAUCUGGUUAUCUGACAACCACGGUCACUGCAGUAUCGAGACCGAAUCACCAGACGGUACGCCGAGAAACUCAUUCCUUGGUAUUUGGUUCUGGCCCGUUAUGACUGAACACGUCAUGUCAAAUUUUCCUCCUCUGGCGUGGCUCUCUUUUGCCAUUCUAGGGCUUCUCUACGGCCGCAUCCUCUCAGCCCGGAAAUGGACAACCUCUGCUAUUGUCAUGGGCCACGUUGCCAUGGGAGUCGUCUUUUCGAUAAUUUUCGUUGCAACAAGGCUUCUCCGCAUUGGAAACCUUUCAGAAGACUGCCUGCAUACACCCGCGCAACACCAUCACACUACGAAUGAGAACCCAUAUCUCGCCUCGCCAGCAUCGUUCUUCUACAUAAUCAAGUAUCCUCCUGAUGUUGCGUUCUGGGCCUUUACCAUGGCUGGCAACCUCUUUGCCCUCGCAGCUUUCAGCGCCAUCCCAGCACGUAUUGCGCAGCGUUUCUCUCUCCUUUUGAGCUACGGCACAUCAUCGCUAUUCUUCUACGUGGUGCACAUUUGUAUCGUCAUGUCCCCUGUAGGGCAGCUGAUGAUACGUAUAUUUGGCCAAGAGACUGACCACGCAAGCCCCACGGAUCCAGAAAACUUCAAAGGGGUUACCAACCUCUUUAUCUAUUUUGCGAUAUGGCUAACCCUGCUGCUUAUAAUGUGGCCAGCGUGCCAUUAUUACAGUCGGUUCAAGAGCACAAAGCACGCUGACUCAUUAUGGAGGUUCUUUUGA